ACCUACCCAUCCAUCCAUCCAUCCAUCGUCGCUCAUCCUCGUCGGCCUGUUCAGCUUCAACUCGGUCUCUGCUGCUGCUGUUGUCGGCGUCGUUGUCGCGUCUUCGGCCGGUGCCUAUACCUUAAUCUAGGUAUAUCAUGGUUGUGUAUUCAACACUGCCCCCUCUACACGUCUUGGAAGUUCCACACCAACCUUAACCGCUCCUACUGCUCCUCCAUAUACACACCGACACCAGUCUCUUUUUCAGCUGACUGCUCCCUCGAUUCGCCUUCGUCCGCGUACACAGGCCUACGCAACCGCCCCAGCCGCCUCCAACCUCCGGUGCUUCUUUCCUACUACUACUACUGCUACCACCACUACCUCGCUUCUGCCUCUAUCCAUACUCCACCUGUAUCUGGACCCGGCAGCUCAGCCUCGCUCUCUUUUGCCUUCACCACUCCCUUUAUUAUUCGCGCCUUCGCAUGCCACACAGCUCGUGACACACCGGCUAGACGCCUCAGCUCCUCCAUUCUUUGCACCCUCCCUAUCUGCUUACUGCACUGCCCGGUUGUAGCGGCCUUGCUCGCCUUCGAGGCUUCCCAUCAUGGCCGAUCAUAAAGACGUCGAGGCCAGGAGUACGCCUUCUCCUAGCCCUGGUCGACGUCAACGCGCUCCCACCAUUACCAUUGACACUUCUGCUGUCAACCCAAACGACUCUACUAUGGGAGAACAGGUCCCACUGAGUAACCUCCAAGAUAACCAACCACCCUCUCAGUCAUACGAAGAUGGUGGCGAUGUAUCUCCAAGCACAAAGAAGCAACCCCAGACAGAGCUUCGUCCUGCCAACUCUUUCGACAGCAGGGACAGCAGACCGACAUCCUCACCCCAUAAUGUCUCUUCCCCUCAAUCCAGUUGGAACAAACCCCAAAAUUUCCUUUCCGUCCCCGGUACUCGUUCUCGAGGAAACUCCCUGGAUACCGACAACGGCGAGUCCACUACUAGCGGCACCUAUAUCGACUCUUCCCUAGGCGAAACCCUGGGAGGUGACCACCAUGGUACCCCCGACCUCAACCUCAAGGAGGCUCUUGUCCCGGACCCCGGUACGGAACACGCGUUCGAAGUGGAUAACAACCCUUUCGCCUUUACUCCUGGUCAGUUGAGCAAAAUGUACAACCCCAAAAGCUUGGCUGCCUUCCGCGCACUCGGUGGAAUCAAUGGCAUCGAAAAAGGUGUCAAGUCCGACCGACUGGCUGGCCUUAGUAUGGACGAAGUGCAUGUCGAUCAUCCCAUCUCCUUCGAGCAAGCGACCGCUAUCGAUUCCUCGGAAUAUUCACCCAAAGCAAUUGAGCAACAAACUCAACGCUCUGAUACGCCGACCGAUGCAGGCCAGAACGGAUACGCUGACCGGAAACGUGUCUUCGCCGACAAUCGUCUACCUUCGCGCAAGCCCAAAACUAUUCUGGAGUUGGCAUGGAUGGCCUACAACGACAAGGUGCUUAUUCUCCUUACGGCAGCUGCUAUCAUAUCUCUGGCUCUGGGUCUUUAUCAAACUUUCGGUAUCAAGCACGAAGGGGGCGGAGCCAAGGUGGAAUGGGUCGAAGGAGUGGCCAUUAUCGUUGCUAUUCUCAUUGUCGUCAUCGUAGGCGCUGUGAAUGAUUGGCAGAAAGAGCGCCAAUUCGUCAAACUGAACAAGAAGAAGGAAGAUCGCUUUGUCAAGGUGAUACGAUCUGGCAAGACGCGUGAAGUAUCUGUCUACGAGGUGCUCGUCGGUGAUCUCAUGCAACUCGAACCUGGAGACAUGGUGCCUGUGGACGGCAUUCUGAUCAAAGGGCACGGUCUCAAGUGCGACGAAUCUUCAGCUACCGGCGAAUCCGAUCUCCUCAAGAAAACAACAGCUGAAAACGCUUUCAACGCCAUCGAAAAUCACGAGCCUCUCAAGAAAAUCGACCCAUUCAUCCUCUCUGGCGCCAAAGUAUCAGAGGGUGUAGGAACUUUCAUGGUCACUGCCACUGGAGUCCAUUCUAGUUACGGAAAGACGAUGAUGUCGCUGCGUGAAGAUAGUGAAGUCACGCCUUUGCAGUCCAAGUUGAAUGUACUGGCAACUUACAUCGCUAAACUGGGUGGUGCAGCUGCACUGCUCUUGUUUGUCGUCUUGUUUAUCAAAUUCCUAGUCAGUCUCCGCACCAGCACCAGCACUCCCGAACAAAAAGGUCAGGAGUUCCUCAGCAUUCUCAUUGUCGCCGUCACCAUUGUCGUUGUUGCUGUCCCCGAAGGAUUGCCUCUUGCUGUCACGUUGGCACUGGCUUUUGCCACAACCCGUAUGCUCAAAGACAACAACCUUGUCCGUUUGCUACGUUCUUGCGAGACUAUGGGUAAUGCCACGACUAUUUGCUCCGACAAAACAGGGACUCUCACCACCAACAAGAUGACUGUGGUUGCUGGAACGCUCGGCUCGGCUCUUCGCUUCGGCGACAAGAAGCUUAAAGUGCCUGCCUCUGAACCCACCGAUAUCGACGGUAUUAAAGGGAAGCAACAUGCCAAUUCUCCUGUCGACAACUCCGAUGAUGUUUCGCCGUCCGAAUUUGUCAGCACUCUCAACAGCGAAGUGAAGUCAUUGUUGUCCCAAUCCAUCAUCCAGAACACCACUGCAUUUGAAGGGUCCAGUGACGGACCUGAUCCCUUCAUCGGAUCGAAAACGGAAACAGCUCUCCUCGGCUUUGCGCGUGACUACCUCGGCAUGACCUCAGUCUCUACGGAGCGAUCCAACGCCAACGUCGUCCAGAUUGUUCCGUUUGAUUCGGCUAUCAAAUGCUCUGCUGUUGCCGUCAAGCUAAACGAUGGCCGAUACAGAAUGUAUGCCAAGGGUGCCUCCGAAAUCUUGCUUGAGAAAUGCGACCGCAUCAUUUCGGACGCCAAUAAGGAACUUGCCAACCGGGACCUUACCGAGGACAACCGUGAAACACUUGAACAAAUCAUCAACACAUAUGCUUCCCGCUCACUCCGUACUCUAGCGCUCGUGUAUCGCGACUUUGAAAGCUGGCCGCCUAAGGAAUCAAGCAAAAACCCCGACGAUCCCACACAGGCGGUUUUCAACGACAUCUUCAAAAACAUGACCUUCUUGGCUGUUAUUGGUAUCCAAGAUCCGUUGCGUGAUGGAGUACGUGAAGCUGUAAAGGACUGUCAAAGCGCUGGAGUCUUCGUGCGAAUGGUGACUGGUGACAAUGUCAUGACUGCAAAGGCCAUCGCUGAAGACUGUGGUAUCUUGGUACCCGGAGGGCUUGUCAUUGAGGGCCCUGCAUUCAGGAAGCUAUCGAAGCGGGAAAUGGAUGCGGUAAUUCCUAAACUAUGCGUUAUGGCUCGCUCCAGCCCCGACGAUAAACGCAAACUUGUCAAACGCCUCAAAGAACUAGGAGAGACCGUAGCCGUUACCGGAGAUGGUACCAACGAUGCACCGGCUCUCAAGACUGCUGACGUCGGUUUCUCUAUGGGUAUCGCUGGUACAGAAGUGGCCAAGGAAGCAUCUGCUAUUAUCCUCAUGGACGAUAAUUUUGCCUCUAUCGUGAAAGCGCUUUUGUGGGGCCGCGCUGUCAACGACGCUGUCAAGAAGUUUCUGCAGUUUCAGAUCACAGUUAACAUUACCGCGGUUCUCCUUGCUUUUAUCACUGCCGUCGCUAGCGAAGAGCGAAAAUCGGUUCUAAACGCUGUCCAGCUUCUCUGGGUUAACCUCAUCAUGGACACCUUCGCGGCUUUGGCAUUGGCCACCGAUCCCCCCACUCGCACCCUCCUCGAGCGCAAGCCUGACCCCAAGUCAGCGCCUUUGAUCACGCUAAGGAUGUGGAAGAUGAUUAUCGGACAGGCAAUCUAUCAGCUUGUGGUCACUCUGGUCCUUCAUUUCGGAGGCCGCAGAAUACUUUCUUACGAUUCAGAUGAUGAAAUCUUGAGGUUGCCCAGUUUGGUUUUCAACGUCUUCGUUUGGAUGCAAAUCUUCAACGCCCUCAACAAUCGUCGACUCGAUAACAGGUUUAACGUCUUCGAGGGCAUCACCCACAACUGGUUUUUCAUCGUCAUUCUUCUCAUCAUGAUUGGUGGCCAAACCAUGAUCAUCUUUGUCGGCGGUAAGGCGUUUGAGAUUACGCGAAUCAACGCUGCUCAAUGGGGUUACUCAAUAGUCUUGGGUGCUCUCUCACUCGUUAUUGGCGUAAUUAUUCGUCUUAUCCCGGACGAACUAAUCAGGCGGUGCAUCCCUGAUUUUGUAAAGAGGAAGACGACCCCGGAGAUCGCUGUAUCGGACGAGUUCCAAUGGAACGAAGGGCUCUUGGAGAUUCGCGAUGAGCUCGCUUUCAUCAAGAGGUUCCGCGGUGGUCGUCUAAGCAACCUCAAGUGGCAAGUCCAGCAUCCGCGCGAGAUCUUUUCCCGGUCACGAUCCAGCCAUUCAUUGCCGAGAACCCCGAACAAUGGCCCCGCUGAAACAGAAGGCUCCCCGGCCCCACCCACUCCCGACUCACGUAGCCGCCGCCGAGGAAGAUCCCGAUCCAAUUCUGCAUUUGGCCCUGCGACUGUCAUGGCCGGAAUCGUGGCGGGUAGUGUGGCAGGCUGGUCUCCAAUCGACCGUAACCCGGACGGUGAUUCACUUAAGUUUGGACGCGAGCGAAGCCGUUCCGAUCUCGACGCACAGGAAGGUAUCGAGGUACAUCCUGACACCAAGUCCACCGACCCAAUCUUAGCACCCACUCCGAAUGAAUAUUCGCUUCCACCCAGUCAAAAUCAGGACACCACACCGAAUUUCACAGUUGGUCCUUUCGCAGGAGACCCCAAGCUCAACGACAAGCCCAAGUCUUCCGGGUCAGAUGGUGGUUCCAAAUCAUGA